AUGCGUACCACGUUGCGGUCCUUUGGGUGGCUUUGGCGCUUCCGCCCUGGUAGCCUUAGCACACCUGAGUGCCGACGAUUGAGGGCAGCAUCGAGUGAGACGGAGGUGUUCGAUCUAUUCAUCUCCCACACUUGGAUGACGCCCGGAUACUACAAGUACUUGUCCUUGCUGUUGAGCUCGUACCUUCACUUCGCCUUUAUGGCAUGGGUGGCGGUAGCCAUCAGCGUCCUCUUACUCUACGAAGUGAACAUGUUGCCCAUGCCUUUUGUCUACCAGGCGGUGGCGACUCAACUGGAGGUUCCAUGCGGCAUCUGGGGAGGAUGCUUGACCUUCCUGUUUGCUCUCGGUGCGCUCUUCGUCGCACCAGAUGCAGCCUCUGCGUGUGGAUGUCAGUCGCAGAGAUGUUUCUACGAUUUGGUGAGCAUCGACCAAGAGGACGCAUCGAGUCGAGAGCGUGGCAUCGCUUCGAUCGGGGGCUUCCUUGCCAGGUCCACGCAACUGCGGAUCUUAUGGAGUCGGCCAUACCUGUCCCGCUUGUGGUGUGUUUUCGAAUUGGCUGCGUACCGGCGGGCCAACCCACUGGGAAAGGUGAGAUUUCAAGCUCUCUUCAUCGAGCGCGACUUCCUGGUUUUAUGGAUCUGCUGCUUUGUCCUCACCUCCGUCUCAUACAUCUGCCUCGUGAGCCCUUCGAUAGAGCUUCCACCCGGAUGGUUUCUGGUUCUGACCCCUUUAUGGCUGGCGCCUGCGGUGCACGUAGCGAGGCAUGGCUUUCUGGACCAAGAGCAGAUGCUGCGGAGUCUCGAGGACUUCGACCUAAAUGCAGCAACGUGCACCAAGGAGAUCGACCGAGAGUUCAUCCAUGCGGCUAUAUCCCGUUGGUACGGAAGCCUGCCGCACUUCGUCGACUACGUCCAGAAGGUGUUGGCAAAGGAGCUCAAGAAGAACGUUUCUCAGAAUCGAGUUCCACUUAAAUACUGUUUGAUGGCCGCAAGUCCGGUCAUGGGGUUUCAUCUCGAUGUUAUCGGGGCACUUCUUGCAGCGGAUGUGAGGGCUGACGUGGUCGCGCGAUUGUUUGCGCAGUUCGUCUCAGUUGAUGUCGUGGGCAUCUGGCUUAUCAAGUUUUUCUUCUGGCUAGCGCGGCGGUUUGCCAGACCCCGAUUCACAUGGCGCGCGCUGGACUGGAUGCAGUCCGCACUAGUCUCACUGCUGGGCUGCUGUGGGAUCUCGGUGCAAGUGGCAGUUGUCAGGCUAAACCGAAUCAGCCCCGCUUGUGCCCUCGCUGCAGCUGCUGUUAUCGCAAUUGGGAUGACUCGAACACCAUGCAAUGCAGGAGCAAAUCUUCCACCAUUUUGGCGGAAGCCUGACCGGCCGAGGGGGGCAGACCCCUGCGACAAGUGA